CACAAAACAACUUCAAUACCAACCAAAGUUCCUAGUUACUGCAUCAAAUUUGUUUACUUCUUCCAUUUCAGCAUAGGCAGACAUGGCAGCUAACACAUUCUCAUCAACAAGGAGUUUGAAGGUUCGAUCAUGGCAACGAUGCUCAAAGCAAGUUAGAGAGCGGCGGGCACGGCUCUAUCUCAUAUGGAGAUGUACAGUGAUUCUCCUAUGUUGGCAUGACUAAGCUCUUGGAGAGCAGUUAGAGCUCCAUUUGAAGCUUGGCCUUCAAUUAGUCUUUGCCUAACUGACUAGGUGGAAGCUCGUAUACCUGGGAGCUGUGGCCUCGUGGGAGUUUAAUUAGCAUUGAGUAAAGCAGGAUUUGAUGUAGUUUUGGUUAUAAGAGACAAAAAUCAGAUCAAACUGGGAAUGUCCAGUGGAUGUAUAAAAGACAAGUACCAUAGGAAGAAAGCUGAAUUAGCUACAUGUUUAAGUUAUGUUUUGCUAGUGUGUAUAUAUAUCUCUCAUAGCUACUGUUUUUCAACUUGCUGGGCCCUUCACUCUCUAAAGAUGAAACUUAAUCUGGUGAGUGGUGACACAUCUCAUCCUUGGAGCAAUUACCUCUGCAGACUCCAGCUAUCUCUUAACCAUCAAUGGAUGUAUGACAUAACAACCAAAUAUGCAUUCAA